AUGAUCGACGAAACUUUGCCUUCUGAAAAACAACUCAAAAAGUUCUUCCAAAACGAUGUUUUGUGCUGGGAAAAAGCAAAUCAGAAAACAUGGGCGCCAAAGAUAAAGAAGAGAAACAAACUCAAAAAGAGAACGCAAGGUGCAGAAGUAGAUAUAACGAAUCAAGCUCAGAACGAUACUCAGACGGUACAAACUGUGGACGAGCUUAUUCAAAUAGCAAAAGAGACAUAUGGCAACUACCAGAGGCAAAGAGGAGCUGCAAAGGUCUUUUUCAACAUUGCUUCAUAUUUUGAGAGGCACUCCCAGGUCAUCGAUGUUUUCAUUCAACAGGAGCCGAAAUUUACAGCACUUGUCUGGGGUUCGAUACGCUACCUUCUACAAGUGGUCGUAGAUUGCAAAGAGGCGUCAGAAGUAACGGCGAACGGCAUAUUUCUCAUUGCACAACAUGCGGAGAGGUGGUCAAGAAUGGCGAAAAGUUUCGGGGAUAGACAAGGAGUAGAAGAGGCCACGGUAGACUUAUACUACCAUGUUCUCGACUUCUUGCACUCUGCCAUUGAGCGCUUUCAACGAGAUAGGCUGGCUAGACUUCAAGCGUCGUUCUUCAAUAGCGCCAGACGAGAGUUCGAGGCAAAAGUCGCUAAGUUGCGAGACGCAGCAGAAAGGUUAGACAAGGAAGUAGAUUGGGAAGAUAAAGAAGAAAACAAACAAAUAAGGGCAGAGAUGUUAAGAAUUCUACAGACAUCCGAAACAUCUAUAGAAAAACCCAAAAUGAUUACCGAGGCAAUGUUGGCGUAUGAUGUGGAAAAAGGAGCUCGGGAGAUGAGAAUGGACACCAGCCAAAUUUACAACUGCAUCAGUGCACUGGCUAGUCCAGUUGCCAACCGCCCGAAAGGCCUUGAUGUUGCAGCAUCGGAUGCUCCGCCCAAGUGGCUCACUACGCACCCAACGUACCAGAAAUGGCGAGCAGAUAGAUUCCCGAGCCCACUUUGGAUAGUGGGUAAGCCAGGCGCGGGCAAAUCAGUACUCGCCCAUCAAACUUCCAGUUCCUUGUCUCAAUCAGGGCACACCGUCUUCACGCACGCCUUCCAGUGCAACGUGUCCUCACAGAAGCGGGGCAGGGCCAGCCUUCCAAUUUCAAUCCUUGCCCAGCUUCUUCCUUCAACAUAUCCAGUUCAAGACUUUCAAACACAAGUUCUUACAAAGCUUGUUCCUUCAUAUAAUCAGUAUAAGCCACGAUUUGAAGAAUGUCCCUUUGAGCAGCUAUGGCCUCACUGUGCCACCCUUUUAGAGAAGGAGGGAGAUUUUGUAUUGCUCAUCGAUGCUAUCGAUGAAUGUAAUUUCAGCAACCAUGCGCAAGCAGGUGAGCUCCUGGAGUGUUUUCAACAGGUCCUGGACCGCACAAGCGGAAAGAUUAUUAUCUUUUCUCGCCCUAACGAUAUGUUUGGCUUCGGAACCUCGUCGGAACCCCACAUGAAUGAGAUCAGAAUCACCGAAGAAGAUACCAUACCUGAGAUUAUGGCAUUCUGUGCUUCAGCACAAAGGAAUUUGAAAUUCACAGAUGAUAUGAAGCGUCAGGUGACCUUCCGACUCAACCGCGAUGCCAACAACUUUUUGUGGGCUACAAAAUUCCUACAGCAGUUGGCAGCUACUCGCAAGACGGCGACAUUCAAUGCAAUUGUCGAAGACUGGCCCAAUGAUAUCUGGGGCGUUUACACCAAAGUUUGGCUGGAUAGGCUAAGCAGCCUUGAUGACGAGAAUAAGUCAAUUUGUCAGGAGAUAUUUCUAAUGUUGCUUGGAGCUCGAAGGGGAUUUAAGAUGGAUGAAUUGGAUGACGCCCUUGGUUUAAUUCCAGACUCGGGCAUUGCCCAGUUUAUUACUUCAACGCAUUGCCAACCUUUGAUUCAGGUUGCUGAUGGCAGUGUGAGUCUCAGUCAUGCUUCUGUCCGAGAUUUCCUGCUUAGUGGAGCACUCGGUGACAUCAGAUUCUCCAAAUCAGGCCCCGACGCGACUUUGGCUCGGAAGUGUCUUGAGUUUCUCAUUAGAGAGAUAUAUGGAAGUCAGGACCGCAUCGGUCAACGUCUGAGGAAGAAUAUUGGAGCUGGUGUUUCCGAUCCUAGUGACGACAAGAGCUUUUACGAAUAUGCUGCUCGCUACUGGUACAUUCAUCUCACAGCCCUCUCGGCUCCGGACCAAAGUUUACUGGAACUCGCCAACAAAUUUCUACAUCUACUCAACUUCGCCUACUGGGCUGAAUACUCGGUCACGGAUAGUGGUGACUUUCAAGCCAUCCGGUCAACAGAGAUUACUUUGACGGUUUGGUCAAAGAGUUUGACUCACCGUGACAGAUCUCUGAUACACCUGGAUGACUACUUUGAGUUCCCUUACCGAAAUCUUGCUACAGUCUUCAAAGAAAAUGAAGAAGACAAGGAAUUACAAUGGCUAGCUUUGAUGCAUCUUGGGUUCUACUACUACGAUAAGGGAAGGAUGACUGAAAUGGCAGAAGUUCGUAGGAAGGUCGCUGCUGGGCUCAAGGAUCUCCUUGGACCACGUCACCCUCUAGCGCUUCGAGCGUCUGCAGAUGCAACAUACACAUUUCUUUUCAACAACAAGCUCCGGGAAGCCCAGAGACUCUAUGCCGAAAUAGCCAACGUCCAGCGUGAAGUUGGAGGUCCAGAUGAUGCCAGUUCCUACUUUACACUUGUUUUCAAGGCUCAGGCUGAAUAUCUCAUGCUUGACUCGCCGAAAGCACUGAAAACACUUACUGAUUCUUUGGAGGGUUUCUUUCGUAUCCUAGGUCCGGGGAGCAAUGGCUAUCUGAUAGCUCAAUUAUGGUAUGCUGUUGCUAAUGCAUCAGCUGGUCAUAUUGAACAAGGCAUCAAACUACUCGAGUCUGUGCGUGACAAGCGAAAGGAACAGUAUGGGCCGAAGGACUCUUUUGGAGUAACUACACAGAUCUUCCUGGGAGAUUUAUACCGAAAAUUGGGCUCCGAUGAGGGGGCUCUGCAGAAUAUUCAGCCUGCACUUGGCUUUCGACGUAGCUUCUGGCAACUCUCUCACUUUUUGACGCUCGAUACAGCUCUUGUGUUGGCAAUUACAUACAGAGAUUUUGGUCAACAGGAUGAAUCAGCUGAAAUCAUCGAAGAGCUUGAAACCAACGGGGGACUGGACAGAGAGCAAAAUAUAAUACGAGCCUGCCAAGUCAAGCAUAUGAGGGCUCUGUGGUUGUUCGAGGAUGGACAACUCGACAAGUCUAUUGGGAUACUGGAGUUAUUACUCAUCGAGAUUGACGAGAAGCACAAUAACAGGGCCCUGCAGUGGAUUCGGCUCGACCUUGCAUAUAUGCUCAGAUACAGAGGAAGAGAUGGCGAUGAGAAUAACGCAAGCUCACUCUUUGAUGGUAUUGUUACAGAUGAUGCAGAUGAUCCUGAUGAUGAGCCUGAUCCACCAAGAUGGCUGGACAUUGCGGAGCGGGCGCUUAAAUUGCUACGGAAAGGGAAUACUGACGGAGCAAAUGAUCUUCUCGGGAGGGAGAAACUGCGUUGGGCUCGUGAGGAGACUUUGUGGAUGUGGUUAGGGAUGCCGGCGGCUGAUACAGGAUGCAUGAGGCUGCCAAAAGGCUUGGGUGAUGACAAUAUGUGA